AUGCGCGUGUUCACACUCCUACUCCUGGCCGCUACGGCCCUCGCUGUACCCGGGUCCACUGAGACCAAGUCCGAGCUGGUCAACUGCUCGACAGGCAUCAAGCCGCCCAAGGAGACCAAGUCCAACACCAAGACCAACACCAAGUCCAACACCAAGACCAACACCAACACCAAGACGCCAUCUACCCCACCCCCCUCCGCCACCUCCACCAAAACCUGCCCGCCCACGCCCCUCCCGCCCCUCCCGCCCCCCGCCCCCAUCCUCGCAAACACGUGGGGCCGCGGAUUCAUCGACCCCGCCGACUUCAUUGAGGGCGACUACAUCAACGGGUCCGAGUACCUGUCGUGGGCGUGGGCGCUCAUCUACCGUCCCGCCGACGACGGGACGUUCUGCCUGACGACUUACUCGGAGGAAGGACAGGCGGCCAUGGUCGCGUAUAUUGCCGAUACGGUUGAUCCGACGUCGGCAGCGAUUGUUGCUGGUACCAGCAACAAGGUGGGCGCAGCGUGCGUCAAGGGUGUGGAUGGCAGUUGUGUGGACUUUUAUACGCAGUGGGGAAACAAGACGGUCGUCGGGCAUGGGAGGCACUGUUUUGCGUGUGGAGACGCAAGUCAUGGGCCGGGGGUGUAG